AUGGCGAGGUGGUUACUGGAUGCGUUGAACCCUGGCCCCCCAGGCCCCCCCAGGCCCUCCCAGGUCCCCCCAGUCCGCUCGUCCUCCAGACGAACAGUCAACGACUCCCCAGUGUUAUGCACGGGUGUAAUACGCUCCGUUAAAGUAUCAACUGAUAAACGAGAUUGGCGAAGACGGCCUCUGGCGGCUGCUGAACCCGCUAUAUGGGAAGGAAGGAAACCGCAGCCGCCGCAGCGGUCCGCAAGCCGACUAAGGACAAAGAUCAGCGCCCUCGCGAGGUCGGAACAUGUAAAUGCAACUCUCAAGGCGCUCGCCCUAGAUUCUAAGCCGGUCACGCCGCCGACCCGUACUCGACCUCAUCGCUAUGUAUUUAGAACUCGUUUUCGCUCGCAGCCGCCGCGGCCGUAUCCGACUCGAUCGAUCGCUCGCCUGCAGUCGUGUGAUUCCUUAUUCCUGGUGCGAUAA